AUGGACUUUUUUGGAGACCAAACGAUGUUCAACUGCACAUCAGAACCGCUGAUUCACUCGGAGAUUUUGGGCACACAUCAUGACAGUGGAAAUGACAGUUUCCUAGGCUUAGCCAUAACUUCGAACGGGUCGGAACUUGGUGCACAGGGAGCAGAGUGGGCCGCAGACGGUGUUGGCAACCAGUUCUUCACCGGUCGUAUCACCGACAACCCCUGGGCAGGCCUCGACCUCGACGCCUCUCUGGUACAGACAUCCCCGGGCAUACGCGAACAGGUUCCGCAACAGCAGCAGCAAGACCAGGAUCAGCAAAUGGCGGAGCCACCCAUCGGGUACGAUGAACCUGAAUGCAGUUGCAGUUGCAGUCCAGAAGCCGUUCCAGGGCUUGCACGCACAUCCCCCCUUUUCAACCGUGGAAAGGGCCAGCGCCUCUCUUUUGACAUAGAGCUAUCUCAGAUCAAGAGGGCCAUCAUCGGCUGCGAAGCCUCGGCAAACUGUCAAUCGCACGCUGCCGACCCCAGCAUGGCCAUGUUGAUGGGUGUCAUGAUAGGCGGCAUCAUCGAUGGCUUUGAAAAGCUUCUCGCCAACGACGACCCGCCUGCCGCAGAGGGCCACAACCCUCAAAGUCCCUCCUGUACAUCGGUGGCCACACAGUCAGCUGAUGGUCAUAUUCAGGUAGCCACUGGAAACAGUGGGAAGCCCAAGACUGGCGAUCAAGACGGCAGCAUGGCUGAGCCGCGCCUGACUUGGGGUGUACUACAGCUUGAGGACGAUGACGAGGCGGAUCUACGGCUCCGGCUGUGUGUUUUGUACUUUCGUCGCCUCGAGGUGCUGCUCAAGCACUUUAGCCAGUCUGUGCGGUUCUUCCGAGACGGGCAGGAUGACCAGGUAGCGGGUGUACGCAGCUCGGGCGCCCAAGUCAUGGCGUGUGACUACAUGCGCAUCUGGUUGGAAGAGAAAGCCGAGACUGUGAGACUGUGCUUGUCGAAGCGUCACGCAGUGUAG